AUCCGCAGCCCAUCGAUUAGCCGCUCGCUGCCCCGCGCCCCCAGCCCGCCCCGCCGCGCUCCGGGGGGGGCUCCAUGGGCAGGGACCAGCCUCCCGCCGCUCCAGCGCGCAGUCAGGCGGCGAGCCGAGAGCAGCAGCCGGCGCCUCCGCCUCCGCUCCUUCCCCGUCCCGGGCUGGGGGCACCGCGCCGCGGCCUCCCGCCCCCGGGCCCGCCCGGGCCGCCCCCCGGCACCAUUCCCGCCCCGGGGCGGCCGCGGCCCCGGCCCCUCCCGCGGCUCAGCGCCGGGCGGAAAACUUUGCUGGCGGCGGCGCUCGGCGUGGUGAUGCUGCUGGCGCUGGUCAUCCUCAUCCCGGCGCUGGUGAGCUCGGCGGGCGCGGACGGGCGCUACGAGAUGCUGGGCACCUGCCGCAUGGUCUGCGACCCCUACCCGGGCCGGGCGGCCGCCAGCGCCCCGCCGCCGCCGCCCUCCACGCUGGUGCAGGGCCCGCCGGGCAAGCCGGGCCGGCCGGGCAAGCCGGGGCCGCCGGGGGAGCCGGGCCCGCCGGGGGCCGUGGGCCCGCCCGGGCCGAGGGGCGAGCCCGGCAAGCCGGGGCCCCCCGGCCCGCCCGGCCCGGCGGGGGGCAGCGGCGCCUUCAGCACCGCCACGUACAGCACCGCGCCCCGCGUGGCCUUCUACGCCGGGCUCAAGAACCCGCACGAGGGCUACGAGGUCCUCAAGUUCGACGACGUGGUGACCAACCUGGGCAACAGCUACGAGGCGGCCACGGGCAAGUUCACGUGCAGCGUCCCGGGCACCUACUUCUUCACCUACCACGUGCUGAUGCGCGGCGGGGACGGCACCAGCAUGUGGGCGGAUCUGUGCAAGAACGGGCAGGUGCGGGCCAGCGCCAUCGCGCAGGACGCUGACCAGAACUACGACUACGCCAGCAACAGCGUCAUCCUGCACCUGGAUGCCGGCGACGAGGUCUUCAUCAAACUGGACGGCGGCAAGGCGCACGGGGGCAACAACAACAAAUACAGCACGUUCUCGGGCUUCAUCAUCUACUCGGACUGAGCUGCCGCCCGCUCGCCCUCGCCAAGCAGACUGGGAAGGUUCCCCGGGGCGGGGCCCAUCCCCUGGCCACGGCCUCCCUGCCACACGGAGCGCGGGGGAGGGCACCCGGCUGCCGCCAGUGAGACUCUGACAUCUGCCCCUUUCGCUUCCCUGCUUUCCUCCCCCAACAACUACGCGGCCCCUGUGAACCCCGUCUC